AUGCAUGAUAUUGACCAUGAUUGGAUGGAUGAAGUGCGUAAGAAUAACAGCGAUGUGAAAAUCGUUCCUCGUAUCCUGUUUGAUGGCUGGGAGGUGCAAGCCUCUGUUCAGUUCCUCCAAAAUGAUGCUUGGAUGAAUCGUUGUGCUAGUGACUUGAUAAACUUGCUCACGAGAACACAAUUCGAUGGCGCGGUAGUCGAGUUGUGGGCCAGUGUUAUGAUCCAAACUGGAGGAGAAGCUGUUGAGUUACUCAUUGAAAUGUUGCGCGCAUGGGGUGAUGCUUUUCACAAAAAGGAUUUGCAGCUUAUUGUUCCUGUUGGACCUCCUUUGAAUCCUGAAAACCGUCCUACUGGGAUGUUCACACCUGGACACUUUUUCGCACUUUCUGAGAAAGUCGAUUACGUUCAGGAUUUCUUUGGUUGUAGUGCCACCUACUCACUCUCUUAUACACAGAUUAUGACAUACGACUAUACGUCGAAGGACAUGCUAGGUGUUGCACCUUAUGACUGGGUGGAUCACUCGAUUGCAGCUGUUUUGGAUAGACUACCAGAAGUGGCUGGACAAUUGAUGGUUGGUCUGAAUUACUAUGGUUACGAAUAUAGCGGCAGGAGCAUAGAAGCAGUAAAUUUUGACAAAUAUCUAGAGAAAUUGAAGAAGGAUGGAAAUAAGUUGGAAUGGGAUUCAAAGGCGAAGGAGCAUUUUGUAAAUACUGGCUCUAUCUCGAUUGAAUUGAAGCUCGCAUUGAUUUUCAGAAGUUCAAAAAUAUACUAUCCUUCGCUUACAUCAAUCGAGAUGCGUCUUAAUGCCGCUCGAAAGCAUGGCGUUGGUGCAGCUAUCUGGGACUUCGGGCAAGGAUUGAACUAUUUCACACAACUUCUAUAG